AUGGGGCGUGCGAAUUACGGCGUGUUGAGAAUUCAACGAGUCGGUACGAUUCUCCUAUUUUUCGAUUAUAAAAGGAUAUGUCACUUUUUACAGCGAUUUAUAUCGAAAAAUUGGUAUUGGCAUGAACUAAGAUUCACUUUUUUUUUUACUGAAAGCCUUAUUUUUGGUCCGCACUUCUGAAGUUUAGAGUUAUAUAGUUGAAAAAAAUCACUCAUUUAAUCAAAAAAAAGGUGAUUUUCAUAUUCGAUCAAAUUUUUUCUGACUCUUUUAUGGUCUGAAUAUUUUUUUCGAAAUCAGGAAAAAAAGUGAAUACGUUUGAAAUUGAAAAAAAGCUAACUAAGUUUUUUUAAACAUUUGCGUACAAGAUUUGUGGCCCUUCUGAAGACUCUUUUAUAAUUAUGUGUAAUUAUUUCUAUUAUCAUGAAGUAACUAGAUUUUUAUGCGGAAAAAAUUGAAGCUGUAUUUGGUUUUCUGAUUUUAAAACGCCGUUCAUUGACAAAAGUGGUUUGGCACGAUCAGAUUUGUCUAUUUACGGUCGGAAGAUCAAAUUACCGCUGCGAAGUUACCAGUUUAACUGACAAGUAAAACAAAGGGAAUGAGAAAAUAAGACUAUAUACGAGCGAAAAACGCGCUAACGCUGGCUAGCAGUUGUUUUUAGUUGGUUGGCUGGUUGUGGACGGGUGAAAGGGCCAGAGGGGGGAGAUCGAUACUCGGACCAACGGCUUGUCCUUCUCACUCGAAAAUCUUUCCCGAAAACGGACAUUUGUUGGACCUGGGAGCGUAAUUUCACUAUCUAAGUAGAGCUCCAUUCCUUUUUUUUUACGCAAUAGCCAUAUUUUUGAUGUAGACGUGAAUGUAAAAAUUCGCAAUCAUUGAGUUUGAAGAGGAAACUAUCUUUUCGUUUUCAUUAUUGGUCUUCUUUUUUAACUAUUUCCUCUCAUAUUGCUGAUGGGAUACUGACGAAAAAAGAAAUUAUAACAACUAAAAAAUCGAGUUGGUAAUAGAGAAUUUUGAUUUUGCGUUGUUUUUAAAACGAUUAGGGAAAAUACGCCAGAUCAACCUUCCCUUCCAACCAAAUUAGAUUUCAUUUAAAAUGGGUACACAGAAAACCUCUGCGGGAGGGGAAAUAGCUGUUUGAUUGGCAAAAAUCGGACAGGUAUUGUCCAACAGGUUUUCUUCAAAGUUCCUUCUGCAUCCCAACCAACCCUUUCUUCAACAUUAUUCAUUGUUUCCCGUCAUUUCCCACUGGAAAUCGCAUUGAAAAGAUGUAUAUCUAUAUGUUUUGGAAAGUUAGACAAUUAAAUAUUAAAAGCUAAAAACGAGUUGAUUCGUUCUGUCAUAUUUGCAGCUCCUGCAUUAUAAAGCAAAUGUUCUAGACAGUUUACAGUCUUUUUUUUCUAGUAUAUUCAAAUAAUAUAUCUUCGCUCACGCCGUUUGAAUAUUUAUGGAUUCUAUUGGCUAUUGAACUUGAUAGAACGAUUGUUUGCUCAAGGGUUUUACAGUCACAAAGUCACUCUUGUUCCAGUUUACCAAUUAGAAAGUUCGCUUAAAUUAUAACGAGAAACCUUGAACUUUAUACAGUAAAUUUCUCCUAACCAUGUACCUCAAAAAUGGUUCUGCAGUUCCAUAAGAUUUCAUCAUUUUCGCAUUUUUUUUUAUUUAUUGGAAAAGUUUACUCUUUUUGUAUUCCCCGAAUGAUUCACCAAAAUGUCAGGUGUUUCUCAAUCGAAUCAGUUCACAUUGAUCUCCUCCAGUUUUCGAUGAGUCACCACUACCUUUAUUCUUUAACUUGAGUACACGACCCUCUCUGAUUUGUUUUCAAGUUUUGCUAGUAACUGGAAAACGAAAUUCAAGGUCUCAAUACUAUGGACUAUGUCGCAGCCGCGGAAGCGAGCAAUAUCGCUCGCCUUUCGCUGGACUUCGCAACCUCUAUUAUCAUGUCAUUUUUCCGAUGACUCAAGCCAGCCCUGAAGUGGCUAUACCUAUAAUAUUUUGUUUGUGAAUAUUAUGUAUAUAAUUAUCAUCAAAAUUUUUAUUUUCGUUCUCUUCUUUUGAUAUGAUCCGCGUUUUUUUUACGUUUUAGUGAUUUUUUUUGUGAACCGAAGACAAGAAAGAAAGUGGUAAAUGUUUUCACCGCGUUCUACUCAAAUUUUAAUUUUUUUUUUACUUUUUUAGCUCUCGCAAAUCAAGAUAGGAGGAUAGUAAGAUUCCACGAAUAGUAUUGAAAGAGUAGAAAAUUAGACUUUAUAUCCUAUUUAUUGAUAGUCCUUUAGAACACCCCGAUUGAUUUUGAGAGUGCAGUUUGUUAGUUAAUUCUCUACACACUGUCCAGUGUCGAAAACGGGAAAUGGCGCUAUUGAGCAGUCAAAUUUGUUUUUCCCUUUGUAGGCCUAUACAGAUCCUUCUAUUCUUCUAGGCGUCUUUAGUCAAAUUUUAUCAAUUUUUUCAGCUGAUGUUCGAUAUUAGAUAAUUUUGAAUUUUUGGGUGAACGCAGUAUCCAUUCCAUUGCAUACGGCCCCACUAUUGUACUUGGAGGAAAUUCACAAGUUUUAACUUAGAACUCUCCUUUCUUUCUGUGUGUAGCGGCAAUCAUAAUCCAAGUUUUCAAAUAGAAACUAUCGGUUUUUCGCGCGAAUGGAGUCGCCGACCGGCCAAUCGACGACCAAGAAGCCGGAAAAAAACUGUUUGAUGGCAUUAGGCGUUAGCGAUCCGCCACGCUCUUCCUUCUUAACUUUUCCGUUUCCUUUUUGUCUCUCAUUUUUGCCCGUUUUCACAUAGUUUUGUGGAACUCAAAAAUGCUCUCCAUCUUAAUUAAAUCGUUUGUAAAAAACUUUUUGCAAAAUCAUGUUUUUUAUAGUUGUGCUAGUUUACAAAUGUAUUGUGUUAUCAUUCGUUAUGGUUUAGUUUUGUCGAUGGAGGUUCUCUUGAAAACCUUGUUUCUUUAAAAACGCUCAUUCAUUGAUUCCUUGAAGUAUUCUCAGCAGGUGGGAUUGGUUUUGUCGUUCCGCCAGCGUGAAAAAAAAGCUUAAAAAAACAGCGUAGAGGUCGCCGAUGUGACCAUUUUUCGGUGCUUUUCCCGUUACCUGCUCGAUUUGACAUAUGUGUGUGUCUCUCGUGGUCCCUUUUUUUUCAAAGCUUUUCGCAGCUAUGAAAUCCGGUUUUCAGCCCUUUUUAUUCAUUAGUUUUUCAGAUAACAAUUUUCUGUCAACAAGUUUAUUCCUUCUGAAGAAUAGCAAAGAAAUGAAUUAGAAAAUUUUGACGAGGUCGAACCGGGAUUCAUUUUAUUCGUUUUUAUUCGAACUUUUAUAUUCAUAUCUCGACUCAAAUUUUAAAAAUAUCGAAAUAAUGAGAAAGAAAAGAUGAGAAUCUUUACUUGAUAACUUCAGUAUUCAUGUAGUGUGAUUACAUGCAGCGUUACACGAGUAUUACCUUGAAUGACUUAUGGAUUUUUAGAGGCUCAUUUUCGUUCCAUGAAAGCGUGUCUUGAUUUUCACAGCUUUUUUUCUCGUUGAGAUACAUAUCCAUUCCAUUGCAGCAUUCUUCUCGCGCGUCCCCGCCCGAAGAUCUUUAGCGCCAAAGUCGUUGGCGACGCGAUUGAGCGAAAACGCGGCGACCGUCCGCCGCUCCAGCUCUGCCGCCUCUGACACCAGCGGGGGUCGUUUCCGUCGCCCAGUCUCCAUCUCCUGCUCGACAAUGAUCGUCCCUGGUAAACAACUCUCAGCAAGGCCCCAUCAUCUUUCUCAUGUCAUUUUUAGGUCAAACUUCGUUACCUCCGGUGCCGCCGCAGGAGAAGCUCGACGAGUUGUUCGACGACCUUUUAGUGAGAGCUUUUUCGAAAUUUUAUGGUUUUUUCAACAGAAAAAAUUUUUUAGAAGAAAAUGGACCUGCCAGUCGAUAAGCUGAGAAUCUUACGCGCCUAUGACAACGAGAAGAAGUGGAAAUUGGUUAUUGACGAGCAGGUCGUGAAGCAAGUCAUUCCUCCCGUCAAAUAUCUCGAAAAGUUAUCCUACUUUCACGACAAGAAAACUCUCAAAAAGGCUCUCAAGAACAAGGAGGUUUCCGAAGAGUUUCAACUUUGCCUUAUUUUUUUUUCAGAUCCUUAAUGAUGAAACGUCGACCAGUGUUUUGAGUCAUAUCGAGAUUAGCCUACGAACCAAUAGUGUCGAGUUGGUUUUUUGUAAACCUGUUAUGAUGAUCAAACCUGAUUAGACUUGAAAUAUAUAUCGAAAAAAAAGAGACAAGAAAGUAAAAGUUAUGACUGGAACGGAACAUGCUUCAAAAGACAUGCUGAAAAAGUUGGUCGCUUUUUUAUGAGGCCUAUUUUUCUCGAGUUCUCAAACUCUGAGAAGUUUUUUCGGCUCUAUUAAGGUUUUAACGGUUCGAAAGUGCGUUUUUUUCUUUCAUACAAUAACCAGUUUUGAAGUCAGUUUUCAAAAAAUCUGCUCAUUAGUUUUACAAAAAUUACCUUUUCAAAUCAAUUUUUCUAUAGUCUGUUCAGAUUUUGAAUGUCAAGCAGCUAACUCCACCCCCAAGGCUACAAUAUUUUUCGCGUCAAUGUUUUAUCUACAGAUGACGAUGGCCCUUUAAUAAAGCUGCAUUUUUGACUUCUUUUUCUAUCUUUUAGAUCAAAAAAGAUCAAAAAUUGUCCCGCGCGGUAAAACAUCGACGCGAAAAGGUACCGUCUCAGCAGAGGCGGAGUUAGCUGGUUGACAUUCAAAAUCUGAACAGACUAUAUUUUCGCCAAAAAAAAAUUCUCCCGAACACUAUUUCGCACUUAACAUAUUUUGAUCUGAAGGCGAGUUAAAAAGGCUGACAUGAAGUUUAUUGAAAAAAAAACGGAAAAUCUCUCAUUUAUCUAAUAUUCGCUUUUUCGAAACUUAAAACCUAACCAAAAUCAUGAAUUAUGCCUUUAUUGGACACUCAAACGAUUUAGAGCUAAAAAAAAACUUCAUAAUUUUGAAAAUUUUGGUUUCUCGAAAAAAAGAAACGACCGAACCGACCGACUUUUCCAGCAUGCCGUUUUCCUAGGCGAAAACGUGCUUAUCGGCGCACCGAAGUUGCUCCAAAACAGUACUAAUUUUUGUUUUAGAGCAUUUUCUUGCUUUUCGGACCAUUUAUCAUUUGAUCCGAAGAACACGCCGUUACUUUUUUUUCAGCUGGGUGUUUCAAUUUUUGGACGUUCCCAACAAUGGCCUGCAGAAGCUCGUCGACUACAUGUGUCAUCUUCUACCGACUUGCGGUCAGGCGCCGUCCACUUCCACAGGCCUCCAGAACUCAUCAAUGUUCGCCUCGUCGACCAGCGCCGGAGCCUCCGACUCACCGUCGCAUCUUUCCGGCUCCGAUGUCACCGGCAGUCCCAUUUACAACUACAGCGACAAUAGUAUUCUCAAAAAGAGUUGGUAUUCUCAUAUAUGUUUUCCAUUAUCAGUGUGUGAUUUAUUAUUAGAUAGAAAAUGUCAUUCUGAAAAAUUUCAAGUGUGGAAGAUCUAAAAAAUGUUUCUAUACAUUUCGUUUGAGAAUUUAAAAAAAAUGCGUUUAAAAUGAUGAACCAGAAAUAGGUAUUAUUACCGAUGUUUUUGAAAACGAAAGCUAUUUCUAUAUACAAAAAAUUUGGAGAGAAAACAUUUCAGGAUCUCUUGUAUUUUUUCAAAAGUGCUUUCAUACAAAAAUGAUUCUUCAUUGUAAAUAUCCCUAGUGUGCCAAGUCCUAAUAAUUUUUUUUUCCUGGUAUUUCCCAGAACCGUUUUAUUUAUUGUAAAAUGAAUAAACUGAUGAUGAUGAUGAGAAUAUUUUAACCGACCACUAUUACAGGCGCAAUAACUUCGGCGAAAGGAAAAUCAAGUAAAAACGUAGGAGAAGCCGAGGAUGAUAUCCAUAUAUGUAUGAUGUGUUUGCGGGCCAUCAUGAAUAAUAAGGUAAUUUUAAUAGAAAUUUAUUUCAGAAUUAAAUUUGUUUUCAGAAUGGUUUUCAAUUAGUUUUCGAUCACACGGAAGCCAUUUAUUGCAUUGUCCGGAGUAUUCUACAUCAAAACUUGAGGUUUUUUCGAUUUAAUAAAAUUUCCAAACGUUGUUUAUUAAGGACAAAGACUUUGGUGAUACAAAUGCUCUCUUCGAUUUGCAUGGUGCAGGGCGGACAAGAGCGUGUCAGCGCGGCAUUCACUCGUUUUGAGAAGGUUUGAUUUUUCUCUUCUCACAUGUAGAUUUACCUUUCCUUCUGGAACUUUUUAUAAAUUUGCUCAAACAAUCCCUGAAGGUUCAUAUAAGUUCUAUAAAAGUGGCAACCCGCGCCAGAUUCUAUUUUUUAAGUUAAGUGAAAUUCGAAAAGUUAGGCCUAAAACUUGUAUUUCGAAAAUUCGAAUGAAAUCUCAAAAAUUAAAAAGUUUGCGCAGCCAUUACUGGGAUCUUCAUCUAGACAUUCAGAAGAUGUUUAAGCGAAUUCGCAGAAUAUCUCAAACCGCCAAUUAAACAGACCUCCUCUGUCAAGCCUUUUUAUGCCAAAAUUUCGUGUUUGCAGGACUUUCGGGAACCUCGACGGUUCUGGACCAUGAUGUACUUUAUCCACCAUCAACCGGGUAUCUCUCAGCCUUUUUUUCUGUCAUUUUUGAAGUUUCAUCUUUUCAGAGUUUCACGUUGAAUUUUUGUCAUCCGCUUUGCAGUUCUUCGACUAUUUUGUGAAUAAUGUCGACGAUUUGAACUUGCGUGUCCACCUACAGUAUGAAAUGACGGCCGUUGGACUCGACAAGUACAUUGAGGUUAUCGAAAUGUUCCCGAUCUACGCUAAUAUUUUUUUUUCUAGACAAUGGCCGACUGCAGUUCGGAUGAACUUCAGACUCGGAUGGUCGUCUAUCAGAACAAUGCGAUUGACGUCGCUCAGUUGCUCGAUGAUUCAAAUCAGAAAUCAGAACUGCUCGACGAGAUAUCCGUCGUCAGAUUGCGUCUUUCACAUGUUGGUAUAAUCUAGUACGAUCACGUCUUGAGCGUUUUGAAUAUAAUCAUCGAGAAUAAAUUCCGAGAUGAACGUCGGUAGAUUGACGACCUUGAGAAAGUGCUGCUCUUUAACCGCGCCGGUCUUGGCAUGCUAAAAAAAGUCGGUCGCUUUUUUUUUGAAAAUAUUGUAGUUUUUUUUAAUUCAAAAUUGUUUGAGUGUUCUAAUUGCGUAAAUUUCUCGAUGGGUUAGGUUUUAAAUUUCGAAAAACCAAAACAUUGGCGGUCCAAAAUAAGAUUUUCUGUUUUUUGUUUCAAUAAAUUUCAGGUCAGCCUUUUUAACUUGACUUGAAAUCGAAAUAUGUUAAGUGCGAGAUAGUGUUUAAAAGAUUUUAAAGCACUUUUUGGCCAAAACAGAUAUAUUCAAGAAAUUGAAUGAUUAGAGUUUUUUGAAAACUGAUCGCCGAACUGGCCAUACUACGAAGAAAUACGUAUUUUAAAACCGUUAAAACCUUGAUAAAGCCCAAAAAACUUUUCAAACUUCGAAAUCUCGCAAAAAUAGACAUCUUAAAAAAUUGAACGACUUUUCCAGCAUGCCGCCGGUCUUGCGUUUUCCUUGGCUUUUAUGAAACACGAAUAGAAUGUUCAAAAAUCAUGAAUCAUCUGGCUUUCAGGCAAACGAGCGGGUGCAAGAAGUAGAGGCUAAGUGGAUCACUGACAAGGCGGCGCUGGAUCGCCGGCUCUUGGAUUUGGUCAAUGAGCGCGAGAAAAUGGAGCGAGACUAUGAAACUCAAAAGGGCACUUGGACUCGGACGCUUAGUGGGUUUUUUCAGAGUCUUUUUUGCGUUGCUAAAAACCAUUACGUAAAUUCUAUUAAUUUUUCAAAUUGUUUUCGAAGCUCUUGAUAGUUUAAUCCUCUCAAAAAUGCUUUAUUGCCUUUUCACUGUUAUCGUAGUUACAAAGUUAUUGUAUAGGUCGAGAAUGAAUUUUUAAAUCAAAAUUCUAUCAAGCUUUUUUACGGCUCAGUCUUCAGAUGAAAAGGAUCGGACCGCUCGCGAGGAACGAUCACGCCUUGAACAGAAGAUUACUGAGCUCGAGUCGAUACAGAAAACUAUGCAAGGUAAAGAAAGUGUCUGGAACGAACCUUAUCUAAGGAUUUUAAAGCGGGUCUACAAGUGCAGCAGCAGACAAAGUCACCGCCGACCCCGCCCCCACCAGCUCCUGGACCGCAUCGAGACAGCGAGGAAUCUUUUUCGCAGUUACCUCCUAUAGGUUUUUUUACAAGUUGCAUGUUACAAACUAAAAGAACAGUACUACUAAACCACGAGUGAUGUCUACCUUUAUCACACUUGUAGUAGUAUUUCAGUUUUGCCAUUAGUUCAAUUUUACUUCGCUUUUAUAGUCAAUUUUGCCCGACUUGGAAGGCUUCUUGGCGGGAAACUAGAGGUCGAAUCCAAUCAAGGGAUAAAUGUAAAAAAAAAGACAUUUCCUUUUUCCUGGCCUUCUAAAAUCAUAAAAACCAAAAUUUUUUUCAAAUAAUACCAAAGUAAGGCUCGAAAAAGAGGCGCGUUUGAUUUUUACCAUAGCUGAUGCACCGUUUCAACACAGUUAGGCCUCAGAUUUUCGAAAAAAGCAAGGCUGGGUCACCAAGCUCAAAAAACAGGGUUUGAAUAAUAGUACACCCGUUGAGCAUGAGAAUCACCAUUACCAAUCGACCUAUCUUGCCUCUCAAUUUGGGAAGGAGUGACUUUAUUUCAAUUCUACUUUACAAGUUCGCUUGCAUUGCAUUUGCAUUGAAUGAGGUUUUCGGGAGGAAGUCGCGACAAACUAACAUUUUUGUUCAUAUUUUAUUUUGAAGUGGGAAAAACAACACGAUUGCAGCAAGCGGACCUCCUCCGCCACCGCCACCACCGCCGCCGCCUCCGCCGAUCGCGUCUGGAAGCGCACCGCCGCCACCGCCACCUCCUCCACCACCAGCUGGAGUAUUUGGCCAAAGUGGCAUCCCACCCCCGCCUCCGCCUUUGCCAGGAACCUUUGCUCCACCGAGCAAUGACGUCAAGACUAUCAAGAAAAUCUACCAGACCAAGUGUGUCAAAGCUUUUUUUUUAGAAAUAAAAGAAAAUCAAUUUCAUUCCAUCCACGACAUUUGAAUUUAAUUUUAAAAUUGUUUACAGAAACAAGCUGCCACAGUUGAACUGGACGGCCAUGAAACCCAACCAAGCAAAAAAUACAGUUUUCGAAAAGCUCAAUGACGAGCAAAUUAUCGAGGUUUUACACGAACCAUUUACAUUUAAGAAAAAUUUUUUUCAGAAAAUCGAUUUCACCAAACUCGAGGACAUGUUCAAAAUGGCGCCCAGUGCCAACCUUGUUGAUCAUGGAAAGUCGGAACUGUUGGCGUUGAGCCAAGUGAGCCCCGGAUCGACAGGAAGCUCAGGCUCGGCGAGAAAAAAUACCCUUCUCGAGACGAAACGCCUGCAGAACGUCGGUUCGUAUUUAUCUGUAAUACCAGACAGAAACUUUAAAAUACACUGAGGUUUUGUGGUUAUGACAUAUCGUGAAGUAUUGAAAAAAUGAGCAAGUUUCAGGAAGACUACGUUGGGAUUUUCAAAUCUAGAUAGCACUAGCUUUCAAGAGCUUUUUAGGAGAGAAAAAAAACGCCAGUCCUCUGAUUGUUGAAAAUUCAAAAAUUUUUUUUUCCUCAAUUUUUCAAAAUUUCUUUUUAAACUCAUGAAAUUCCCGAAAUUUUUUUCUUCAAUUUUUUUAAAGUUUUUAUUUAUUCAGUAAAAAUAUUUUUUUACAAGCGUUUUUUUCACAUAGGAAUUUUUCUCCUUUUGCAGCCAUCACUCGUCGGAAAGUUGCAAUGGAUGCUCGCAGCAUAAUGGCGGCUGUACAUCAAUUGGACCUGAAUUCCUUACCUGCUGAGAAGGUUUACCUGUUUUUUUUCCGUUAAUAAUUUUCAUAUUUUGAAGGUGGACAUUUUGUCGCGUAUCCUGCCGACGGAGGAGGAGAGGAAGCUGUACGCCGAAAAGAAGGGCGAUCUCGACGGCCUCAGCGAAGAAGACGUUUUUGUUGCCUCGCUGUGCGAGAUUGAGCGCCUCGAGCACAAGCUCACCGUCAUGAGAGUCAUGGCGGACUUUGAUGAGAGCACCGCUUUGCUCGAACCUGUUAGUUCUUUUUAUUCUUAUUCGCCCUGCUCAAAGAAGUUAGAACUUUGUGUGCGCCUUUGCGUCGAUGUGUUUGUUAAAAUUUAUCUUUUUUUUCGUAUCUGAUAACCCUGUGUAUUUCAGCAGUUGACCCAUAUCACAGCGGCAUCAAAGUGCGCUCGCGAGGCAAAUUUGUUCCACAGCGUGCUGGAAGUGAUUCUGGCGUUUGGAAACUACAUGAACAGUGGCAAGCGGGGCGGCGCGUACGGCUUCAAACUCGCCAGUUUAGAUUCGGUUUGCUUGAAAUUGAAGAAAAAAAAAGAAGUAAACUGUUAGAAGAGUCACCUUGUCAAAGGGAAACUAGACUCAGUUUUUACUUUUUCCAUUUCAAAUUUCGCAGCUAGUUUUCUUGGUAAAAAAAAAUGCAUUCUUUGCAGCUGGCCAUUUUGAAAUCUCCGACAGACAGGUCGCUGACCUUGCUGCACAUGAUCGUCGAGACGAUGGAAUGGUCGUUUCCAGAACUCCUCAAAUUUGGAGAUCAACUCAAGUUCGCGGACAAGGCGGCCAGCGGUUCAUCGGCUUUUUUUAAAACAUGACUGACUUAUCUUUUUUCAGUUCAAUGGGACAGCGUGAAUGCCGACAUGAAAGAAUUGGAAGCUGGUUUCCAGGUGAAAUUUUUUUUUAAAGAUGAACUUUCGCAAUCACCCGGAAGAUUUUUUUUUUGCGCUUUGCGAGAUCGAAUAAUUUGAUUUUUUUUGCAGACAGCCAGAAACGAACGAAAACUGAAAGGAGCCGAUUGCCCCCAAAGUCUGGUGAAGUUUUUAGACGCUCGCGAGUCGAAAAUGUCUCAGCUCCAGGAGGCCUAUAAACUCGCAACGGUUUGAUUUUGAUUGGCAUCGAAGUAAAAAUUGACAAUUUUUCAGAAGACGUUUGAGCAGUGUGUCGAGUUUUACGGGGAAAACGCCAAAUCCACCGCCCCCAAUGUGUUUUUUGGCAAGCUCGCCCAGUUCACGGCCAAUUUUGCGCGAUGCAAACAGGAGAACGAUGCGCGUGUGCAGAAUGAGAAGGUUUUAAUUGAAAAAAAAAGCUUUUUCGAAUUUUUUCUGCCCAAAAAGUGCCUCUAAACUUUAUUUCCUUUCCUUCAGAAAUCAUGUUAAUUUUUUGGGUUCAGAGACUUCGCGAAGAAUCGGAACGUCGUGCUAGAGCUGCCUCCAAGUCUUCUGGCCAGCAGGACCUGAUGCUGGAGCUAGCCGAACGCGUUGGGGGAGGAGCUCGUCGAAUUCGUCACAAAAUCGAAAGUCAGCAGAUGGGACAUGGCGACUUCGAAAAGCUAAUGAGUGGUUGGUUUCGAAUUAUUUUUGGCGAAUAAAGAUAGCAGUAGUAUCGGAAUUAGCACGAACAAAAUUGCUAUAUCAGAAAGUUAGACUAUGUAUGCUACUUAUUGGUUCAAAGUUAGCAUACACAUAUCAAAUUUGAUAGUGCACUUCGUUAGCUAAUUGUGUGGAUAAUACGCCGAUCGAGCAGUGAUUGACCUUUGCAAAAUACAUUUUGAGCCCGUUUUUUGUAGGAUUGAAGCACACCGGUGGGAAAACGCCGCAACGACGGAAAACUUCGUCGUCCCCUUCUCCAGCGCCACGAUCGUCUGUUCCACCACCAGUGGCUCCAAAGUCGCGAGUCGUCAACGUUCAACGAGAUCGCCAAUGA